AAAGUCGAAUCGGUAGGCGAUCGAUUAUUUCUCGGUUAAGCAGAAGGUCACCUAAGACUGCUGCCCUUUAAAAACUUAUUUUGUAAACACGGUGAUUCCCUUUUGGAGAUGGGCUCUUGCAAAUUCUGUUGAGAUGGUUCCCAUUGCAAACAAAAUCUUAUUUGUGAUUCAUAAUGAUUCAGAAAAAGUCGAAAAUAUGGCUUGAAACGGACGGUUCCUAUGCGCUACUCCUUCAGCUUGGACCAGAAGAGAAUCUUGAUGAAGCACUAUGAGAACGGCAUGCAUGGGCAGAGCCUGGCCUACCAGGACAAGAUUGUGGCUUGUGCUCAAGAGGCUGGGGUAGACUUUGACAUUGUCAGGAACUGGAUCGGUAACAUGCGUCGCAAACGUCGAAUGGAAAGCGCACAGAAGAACCCCAUGCCUGGCAUGAUGCUACAGCACGACCAGUCAGCCGAGAACAAACGGCGUUACCUCCUGCCUUCUGGCGCCUUCAGUGGGCCACAGUACAUCCUCCGUCACCCGCCAAACGGGGGGCAGCAGCCCACCCAGAUAGGACCUGCAACCAGAGCCAGCGCCCCUGGCUCAAACAUUUCUCUGCCCUUGAGGAACUCGCCCUUGGCCCCCCGAGACCAGAACGUCAACCAGCCAGUUGGCUCAGGGCAACAGAGUUUGCCAGGGUCAGGCACCCAGGCAGCGUUCCUGCCGACCCCAGCGAAACAGGAAUCCGAUGCCGACAAGAGCAGCUGUCUGGUUGCCGGCACGACGACUCAUCAUCAGCCCGCAUCGCAGCCACAGCAGCAAGGAGCCCUGAAUGCGACGGCUGUCGACCGAUUCCCAGAUGAGACGAUCCCAGUCAUGAGGAGUCAAGGUUUAGCGCCGAGUCUAGAGAUCGACGACAGUGAAUGGAGGCAACAGCAGAUUCAGAGAAUAAUGCAACAAGUACAGCAAUCUGUACAUCAGUUGGAAAGUCUUGGUUGCGAGUGUGUGGUGGCCAGCGUCGUUCCGUCCGACGGCGGCACCUACAUCACCGGUACCCCGGUAGCGGUCCAGUACUUCUCCGAGAUCCAGAAGAUCCAGGCCAUGGCGGACUACGUCAACCCCGCCACCCCGCCUUCCGUUAGCAGCGACGGUGAACCCAACGAUGGCGCAGAGGAGGUCGCCGAUGGUCCUAACAGCUGCCAGCGGAACCAGCCGGGGCAGGGUACCGGCACAAUGAAGGAAGAGAUUGAGGGAAAGGAGUGUCUGGACAAGAGAGGGGGCGAUCCAACAGAUGAGGGUGACGAGGAGAAAGCGGACUUGGAUCAGAGGGAUGGAGAGGUCAUACAUGCUGGGGAGGAGAUUUACAUAGUCAACAAGGAGCAUUACAUCAUUGGAACUGGUACCUUGCUGCCGGCGCCCCACAGACAAAUCGAAUUGAAGAACGCACCGCUGUGUUGAUGCACCAGGAAGGAGUUUCAGUCCCGUAUCUCUGUGAAGCGUUUGUUACAAAUGUGUAGAAAGAUCUUCUAUUUGAAAUACUGCCGAAGUCAUAGAAGUUAAGAAAAUGACCACCACGAACAUCCUGCGAAGGUUGGAAAGCCUUGAUUAGCGUGAAUAUCCUAGAUAUUUGUGGGCACAUGUGGUCUAGCAGUAGAGCACAGGCCCCAUGCUCGUGGGAUUGUGAGUUCGAGCCCCGUCGUGGCCAUGCGUGUUGUGCCCUUGAGUAAGGUGCUUUACUUCAAUUACUCCUCUCAACCCAGGUGUUAGAUGGGU